GGUGGGGCCGGGGGGUUCAAUGUGUGUAUCUGUGUCUGUCUGCAUGCCCCCUACCACAGCCCUCCACCCCCUCUUUACAGGACUGCCAGCCCGUCUAGAGUUAUUCCAGGAAUGCGUUGAACAUGGCUGCCGCGAUGAAGGCGCAGAAAACGGGACUGCUGGAACUUCGAGUAACCGUGGACCGCUGGAUCCGGGUGUUGGCUACACUUACCGAAGACACCCUCACGGUAAACCCCGGCGAGGGCGCCGAAGAACCCGCGAAGCCCAACCCGAGUCCCGCCGGUGCUAUCAACGGAGACCCCCCGAACCUCGGCGCGUCCGCGGUCCCGGAAACCAUCACCAACGUGAAGCGCACCGUGCGAGUUACCAAGCAAGAUGUUGGUGGGCUUGGGAUCAGUAUCAAAGGUGGCAAGGAAAACAAGAUGCCAAUCCUCAUCUCUAAAAUUUUUAAGGGCCUGGCUGCUGACCAGACUGAGGCCCUUUAUGUUGGUGAUGCCAUACUCUCUGUCAAUGGUUAUGACUUACGAGAGGCCACGCAUGAUGAGGCUGUGCAAGCACUGAAAAAAACUGGCAAAGAAGUCAUCCUAGAAGUGAAGUACAUCAAGGAGAUGUCUGCCUUCUUUAAAAGCUCUGGGUCCCCCGGAGCAGGUCUCCCGUGGGAUUCUCCCCCUUCCACACCUCAAAGGGGCACUGAGCUUUCCCCUGCUGAGGUGAAGGAGCCCCGGAGCAUCCCACUGAAGCUGUGCCAGGUGUCACGAAAACAGUGCCCUCCAGACACAGAAAACCGGUAUUUUGAGGUGAUUUCAUCCAACAGAAAGAACUCUGUGUUCCUGAGGGCAAAAGACCCUGCUAUGGCUCAAUCCUGGUACAAUGCCAUCCAGACUGGAGCUGCCAACCUUUUGCCACGAGUGAAGGAGGAGAUGAGGAACAUGCAGCCUGGCAUGGAGGUCAAACAUCUGGGCUGGAUUACAGAGCAGGUAUCUCAUGGUCCAGAGAAACCUGUGCUGGCUGUGUUGACUGACAAGGACCUGCUUCUGUAUCCCUCGUUUCCUGAAAGCAAAGAGAGCCUCAAAAACCCCACAAAGAGUCACCCGCUCAUCACUACCAGACUGGUCCAUUCUGGUCCAGGAAAAAGUUCUCCAGUCCUGGACUCUGAGCUGUCAUUUGGCCUGCGUACAGGCACCAAGCAAGGCGUGGAGACUCAUGUUUUCAGGGUGGAUUCUGCUAAGGAGCUGUCAGCCUGGACUCAUCUGCUGGUGGAGGGUUGCCACAGUGCUGCUGAACUCACCAAGGAGGUCACCACGGCCUGCAGUUGGAAUGGGAAAGAGUGUAUGCUGGGAGUGCACAUCGAUGAGGGUUUCACGCUAUUCACAGAAGAACUGGGUGUCAGGAAAAAUAUUCUCCUCCAGCAGCCCUUUGAGCGCCUCAGAAUGUCCUCAGACGACGGGGUUCGAAUGAUGUUCCUUGACUUUGGAGGCCCUGAGGCUGAGAUACAACUGGACCUGCAUUGUUGCCCUAAGACCUUAGUCUUCAUAAUCCACUCUUUCUUGUCUGCUAAGGUCAAACGACUUGGUCUCUUGGCCUGAUAGUGGCCAAUUACCCAGAAUGUCACAAUAGGAAUAUUCAAUAAAACAGCCCAGAAACUCUGAAAUUCCAGACGAUGGGGCCCUGGAAAUGAUACUAACAAGCCUUCCUAAGCCUCUAAAAAUCAUCUUUGGUCAGGCACCUCCUGAUUUUUCUAUGGAAUGAACUGCAGCAACGAUGGACGUUUGUUGAAGUUGUAGCUGUUGGUGAAAGUCAGUAGCCACUUAAGGGAUCUUUCAUCUGUCAGAUCUGUCACAGUAUGUCAUGACACUUUAUGAUGGCAAACUGUGUGUACAUGUGUGUGUGCGUGUGCAUGUGUGUAUGACUGCCUGUAUCUCAAUGUUUCUAAGCUUAAAGUCCCAGACAUUUGUUUUUUGUCAUCACAUUGUUUAUUUUUAUUUCAUAAGUCAAAAUGGGCCUUUGUCUUGAGCAUCCUUUCAUCUUUCAAUCUUUGCUUUAUGUGCUGUGAACAAAAUGAUUUUGUUGUGAAUAACAAAAGUUAUUUCACAAAGGUCCUGAUUGAUGUUGGACAAACAUUUUCAUAAAGGCAGCUUGAAUGAAGUGACAGGAUGACACGGCUGAUCACUACAUAAUCAAUAGUCUGCACUGAACAAUGUACAGAAUCCAACUAUUAUGAUAUACUGCUCAUGCGGACUCUUAACUUGCCUUUGCCCUGAAUUUUUAUGUAAGAAGUCACAUGCUUUUUAAGACAACUUCCAAAACGCCAGUUAAAAUAGAUUUUUCAUUGCAGCUGAAAUACAUCCCUCUCCUUUCUAUGGCCCAACAAGAAGAAGAACAGAGUAUAUUUUAAAAGGCUAUUUUACUGUGUUUUAACUUAACCAAUGAAUUAGACAAAAUAUUUAUACCAAAUGCAAAACUGUGCUGAGUAUCAAUGGCCUUAAUCAGUCUUGGCUUUAGUUUUAUGUCAAUAAAAUAAAAAAAAAAAUGUGGUGAGAAUUCUUCCUGUGUUUUCACAACACUGACAAAUAUUUUGCAUGAUCAUUUAUUGAUGGAUGACAUACAGCUGGCUUAACUAAUCUACUUCUCCUAUAUGGUUAUAGCUUUUAACCCUUACUUAUGAUUGAGAGGGGAGGUUUUAAGACAGAAAGUUUCACCAUAGUGUUUCACACAUUUCUUUGUUUUAAUUUAAGUACCAUAUGAAAAAUGUUAGGUUGGUCAUUUCUGUCCUUUUAUCUGUGCUGACUGAACAUCUGCAAUUUGGGGCCUUCUUUUCUCUUUGAACACUAA